UAAGCAUUGAAGUUUGCACCUUCAACAGCUACUUUGUUUACAGGGAAAUGGAGGAGGAGCAGAGAGAGGUGUUGUUGAAGAAGGAUUACCAUGGGGGAUGCCCAGGAUGUAGAGUGGAGCAUCUUAAAGACACACAGAGAGGUUUACCAGUUAGACAACUGUUUUUUGUGUGGAUUGUGGUGCUCUGCAAUGCGCUGCCCAUAUCAUCUCUUUUUCCGUACCUUUAUUUCAUGAUAAGGGACUUCAAUAUAGCAAAAACCGAGAAAGACAUUGGCUACUAUGCAGGUUAUGCAGGGGCUUCGUAUAUGUUUGGACGAGCAUUGACAUCUGUUUUAUGGGGAGUGGUGGCUGAUCGAUAUGGUCGAAAACCUGUUAUAUUAGUAGGCACUGCCUCAGUGGUUAUUUUCAACACCCUUUUUGGCCUUAGUUUAAACUACUGGAUGGCCAUCUCUUCAAGGUUUCUUCUUGGAAGUCUGAGUACUUUAAUUGGACCAAUAAUGGCAUAUGCAACUGAAAUUUUCCGUGAAGAAUACCAAGCUUUAGGACUGUCAACAAUUAAUACAGCAUGGGGCGUAGGAUUGAUCAUUGGACCAGCAUUGGGAGGUUUCCUUGCCCAGCCUGCUGAAAAGUAUCCGAAUAUAUUCUCCAAAGAAUCUAUAUUUGGAAGAUUCCCAUACUUCUUGCCCUGCCUUUGCACAUCUGUUUAUGCAUUUGGGAUAACUAUUGCCUGUUGCUGGCUUCAGGAAACGCUGCACACACACAAUGAAAACGACAAAUUAAGAAAAAACUCUUACAAUGCUUUGGAAGCUCCAUUCGGUGGGUUUAAUGCAGAAGAAGCAGUAAACGAAAUUGAGGCAAACAAACCAACUCCUAAGGAAAGCCUCAUAAAGAAUUGGCCCUUGAUGUCUUCUAUCAUUGUUUUCUGUGUUUUCUCACUUCAUGAUAUGGCUUACUCGGAGAUAUUCUCAUUAUGGGCUGUCAGUCCUAGAAAAUAUGGGGGUUUGAGCUAUUCAACGGAUGAUGUAGGUGUAGUUCUUGCAAUCUCAGGUUUUGGGGUUUUGGUAUUCCAACUUUUUCUCUAUCCAUAUUUGGAGAAGCUUCUUGGGCCCAUCAUCAUCUGCCGCAUUGCCGGUGUUUUGUCUAUACCUCUGUUGGCAAUUUACCCUCUUAUAGCCAUGCUUUCUGGGUUCAGCCUCUCUUUGGCAUUGAAUUGUGCAUCGGCAAUGAAGAAUGUAUUAUCUGUGUCCAUUGGAACUAGCUUGAUUAUUCUGCAAAAUAGAGCUGUGGAGCAACACCAGAGAGGUGCUGCAAAUGGCAUCACUAUGACUACAAUGUCUCUUUUCAAAGCAGCAGGUCCUGCUGGAGGAGGUGUAAUCUUUUCUUGGGCACAAGGGCGUCAGAGAGCUGCCUUCUUCCCAGGUGACCAGAUGAUUUUCUUCAUACUGAAUGUGGUUGAGGCAAUUGCGGUGUUGAUGACAUUCAAACCCUUUUUAGUUCGAAGGAGUCAAUAGAGGAAAAAUCAAUCUUAUUCAAUACUAAUAAGUUAAGGAUCAAUUCCAGCAUAAUUCUUUGGUAGCUGGGUAUUUCUCUUUAUUCAUUUUAAUGAAGAUGAUGAUAACAUCUUGCACCCAAGGAACAAUUGCAAUAUAUUCGAACAACAACAAUGUGCUAUGUAUCAAGUGCAUCUUGUACACCAAUGGUUAUACUAGAUGAUUGUGAAAGGACUUCCAAACA